AUGACUAUUUUUACUAAAAUCAUUAACCGAGAGUUGCCAGGAUACAUUCUUGAAGAGAAUCAACAUUGCAUUGCUUUCCUUGACAUCCAACCCAUUAAAUGGGGGCACACCCUGGUAGUACCCAAAAAAGAAAUCGACUACUUAUUUGACCUUGAAGAAACAGAUUAUUUAGAACUACAAAAGUUUGCCAAACAGGUUUCACAACGUCUAAGAGAAAUCGUAUCUUGCCAACGCAUCGGGGUUGCCGUGGUUGGAUUGGAAGUUCCACACACGCACAUUCAUCUCGUCCCGAUCGAUAAAGUAUCCGACAUAAAUUUCUCUAAUCCCAAACUUUCUUUUAGUGAAGAAGACUAUCAACGAUUAGUGACGAAUUACCAAAAAGGUCAUCGAUAG